GCGGGGGAGGGCUGACUUUCCAUUCUGUGAGGGUUGCAGGGCAGAGAGGCUUGGAGAUCUGCAGAGCUCAGGCUUAUCAAGAGGAGAGCACAGGCAGGAGAGUGGUAAGUAAGGAUGGCAGAAGCCCACCAAGCCGUCGCAUUUCAGUUUACAGUAACUCCAGAUGGCAUUGACCUGAGAUUAAGUCAUGAAGCUCUGCGACAGAUCUAUCUCUCUGGCCUCCACUCCUGGAAGAAGAAGUUCAUUAGAUUUAAGAAUGGAAUCCUCACCGGCGUCUUCCCAUCAAGCCCUACCAGCUGGUUAGUCGUGGUGGUUGGCGUGACAUCAGCGCAAAUGUAUACCAAAGUGGACCCGUCACUAGGAUUGAUAGAGAAAAUAAACCAAACACUUGCUACAACUGGAUACAUGACAAGUCAGACUCAGAACAUUGUGAGUGGUGUUAUCUUUGGCACUGGUCUAUGGGUGGCUCUCUUUGCCACCAUGCGCUACUCUCUGAAGACGCUCCUGUCUUAUAGAGGAUGGAUGUUUGAGGAACAUGGAAAGCUCUCCACUACUACCAGGUUAUGGAUGGGAAUGGUGAAGUUGUUCUCUGGACGGAAGCCAAUGCUGUACAGCUUCCAAACUUGUCUUCCUCGCCUUCCAGUGCCAACUGUUAAGGACACAGUCAGAAGGUACUUGGAGUCCGUUAGGCCCCUCAUGGAUGAGCAGCAGUUUAAGCGAAUGGAAGGCCUUGCUGAUGAUUUUGCCAUUAACCUUGGACCAAAACUUCAGUGGUACUUGAAGCUGAAAUCGUGGUGGGCCACAAACUAUGUAAGUGACUGGUGGGAAGAGUACAUCUACCUCAGAGGCCGUGGACCAAUCAUGGUCAACAGCAAUUACUAUGCAAUGGAUUACCUAUAUGUGUUGCCAACCCAUAUCCAAGCUGCAAGAGCUGGCAAUGCCAUCCAUGCCAUUUUACUCUAUCGAAGAAAACUGGACAGAGAAGAAAUUAAACCGAUUCUGCUGAUGGGAUCCACUGUUCCACUAUGUUCAUCUCAGUGGGAAAGAAUGUUUAAUACUUCCCGGAUCCCUGGAGAAGAAACAGACACCAUUCAGCAUGUAAAGGACAGCAGGCACAUUAUUGUCUUCCACAAGGGACGCUACUUCAAAGUGUGGCUGUAUCAUGAUGGACGACUACUGAAGCCCAGGGAGAUUGAACAGCAGAUGCAAAUUAUUCUGAAUGACAAAUCUGAACCUCAGCCUGGAGAGGAGAAACUGGCAGCCCUUACUGCUGGAGACAGGAUACCUUGGGCCAAUGCUCGUAAAACCUACUUUAUGAAUGGAAGAAACAGGCAGAGCCUGGAUGCUGUGGAGAAAUCGGCUUUCUUUGUAACCCUGGAUGACACUGAACAAGGAUACAACAAGGAGGACCCUGUGACAUCUCUUGACAAAUAUGCCAAGUCUCUCUUACAUGGGAAAUGUUAUGACAGAUGGUUUGAUAAAACAAUCAGUUUCAUUGUGUUCAAGAAUGGCAAGAUGGGCAUGAACUGUGAACAUUCCUGGGCUGAUGCCCCAAUUUUGGGCCAUCUCUGGGAGUACACUAUGGCAACUGAUAAACUUGACUUGGGAUACGAAGAGGAUGGACAUUGUAAAGGAAACCUUAAUCCUAGCAUCCCUCCUCCAAGCAGACUGCAGUGGGAUAUCCCUGAAGCGUGCCAAAACGUGAUUGAGAGUUCCUUAGUUGUUGCCAAUGCUCUUGCAGGUGACGUUGAUUUUCACUCAUUUCCUUUUGACAAUUUUGGCAAAGGGCUUAUCAAGAAAACCCGAACAAGCCCAGAUGCCUUUGUCCAGUUGGCUCUUCAGCUGGCACAUUUUCGGGACAAAAGAAAAUUCUGUCUGACGUAUGAGGCCUCCAUGACCAGAUUAUUCAGGGAAGGCAGGACUGAAACUGUACGUUCCUGUACUAUUGAAGCCAGUGAAUUUGUGUUGGCCAUGGCAGAUCCCAAACAAAGCAAUGAAAAUAAAAUUAAGUUAUUCAAGGCAGCAGCAGAGAAGCACCAACAGAUGUACCGCCUGGCCAUGACGGGACAAGGAAUUGACCGUCACCUCUUCUGUCUCUAUGUGGUGUCAAAAUACCUGGGGGUUGACUCUCCUUUCCUUAAAGAAGUCCUGUCGGAGCCAUGGAGAUUGUCUACCAGCCAGACACCACAGCAGCAGGUUCACCUUUUCCAGUUGGAGAAGUACCCAGAAAAUGUUUCAAGUGGCGGUGGCUUUGGACCUGUUGCUGAUGAUGGGUACGGUGUCUCCUAUAUCAUUGUUGGUGAAAACCUGAUCAACUUCCACAUAUCAAGCAAAUUCUCCAGUCCAGAGACGGAUUCACAUCGCUUUGGACAGCACAUCAGACAAGCAGUGCUUGAAAUUAUGGGUUUAUUUAACAACAGCACAAACAACUGCAACAAGACCAAGAAGUAAUACACUUAAAUUUUUCUUCUAAGAGACCAGAAAAAUCAUUCAGACACAAAUCUAAGUUCUAAAACAUACACAAUGCAACAUCGGAAAACAGACUCUGUAGUUGCUAAAUGUAGUAACUUCGAAAUAACAGGUCAUAUAAGAUCUGUUCACCUUACAUCGGUUUAAGAAUUUUCUUUUAUACAUUUUUAUGUUUCAAGGCUUGUGGAACGUACAUACACUUCAUAUGAUUUUAGUUGCUGCUGAAAUGUCAGACAGAAAUGUUACAAGGGCUUCUUAUAUUUUGGAAUAGUAUAUAUAGCUGUGUAUAACCUCAUUUGCUAUACACCGAACAUUACAUUUUUGUCUUGAUUUUGUUUUCAACUCGGUCAGCCAUCCAUCUUUUAAACAGUCCGUCUAUUUAUUGAUUUUUUUUUUUUUUUUUCGUUUUGUUUUUUUUUGCCAACAGCUAACCCUCAAAUGGUUGACAUAUGGAUCAAUAACUUCAUCUACAUCCAAGUGCAUAAAACAUAUAAAGCUUAGCGGGGACCUAGACUCAAACAGUCUUAUUCAUAAAGCAUUCCUAAACUCCAAAACAAUAAAUGAAUGUAUAGCAGCUUAUCAGCUCUUAGAUGUGGUGGUUCUGCUCACUCACUGUAUUUAUGAAUGAGCCAUUGUUGUCACAAAGGCUGGACUUUAAACACGUCUUCCUCUUUUCAUCUCCAUUACAUGGGAGAUUAAUAGUAGUUUACAGAAGAAAGAUAAUAUUUUUUUUGCUCAUAGGACAUAAAAAACAUACUGCUUUUUUGGCAAGAACAACGGUAUUUUCUGUACUUGCCGAAAAUCUUUCUUAGAUUGCAAAAGAAGAAAAUAAAUGCAGCCACCAAAUCUAGAAACUGUAAGCUGCAAUGUAUUAAAUGUUUGUUCUUGGUUUUAGUUAAGCUUUCAAACAGUGUCAGACAAGUAGUGAAUGAUAUAAAACUUGCAGUAGGAAUGCAGCUGCUCUUUAGCCUAGGCUCACUUUGUUAUCCAUAUCACAGUGCUGUGUGGUGAUCAUCAGAUUAGGGGAGAUGCCAGCUAUCUCCAAGCCAAAUUCUCUGCUUCUAGACUUUGGGUCCCGAUGACACCAAUAAUGUCAUCAAAAACAGUUGCCCCAGAUGAUGUAGAAUUCCUGAUAGGCUUUAGUAAGUCUAGA